AAGCAACUGCGCUACGUUCGGUGUGCACGGCUGAAGGUUUAAGUGGUCACGGCGUAGAGAACCGUUCGCGGUCAAACACGUGUUUCGAGGUGAUUGCGGAGGAGAGUCGCGUCGCAACGGCAGGCCUAAUCGCUCGUUCUACCGAAUGGCUGGCUAGUAAUCUACGUUCUCCCCUUCAAAUGCGAAACAUCUCUCGGCCGUCUGUUCAGUUUCAUCUUCAUCUCCUGCACCGGGCAUCUUUCUCAUCUUUUCCCCCCUUUCCUUUGACUCAUGGCCUACGAACGAUACUUCGUUGGAACUAAAAAGAAAUAAAGAUGAUGGAUGUAACCACGGCCAUGCCAUCCGCCGGUGGAGCGUCCCUAAUUGGACGCACCAGAGGCGCACUCAGGUCUGUCAAGUCUGCGUUAGGGGGUAGCGGAGAGUAUCUUCAGGGUUUGGGUAGCAGAAUAGGAUCCGUUCUAAGUAGCAGUUUAGAAGAAAGUGAAUUGACCACGACGCCGUCGACGCCACCCUCUUCGCCACAAGCACCACCUCAGACUGCCAAGCCGGAAGAACAGUUGGCUAGGAGGAAAUUAAGGCUCCCAAGAUUUGGAACAGGAUUGACUUACGAAGAUUACGAAGCGAUCGCCAGGCACAAAUUGGAGCGCCAGGGUAGCGUGAACAUGUCGAGAUGCAUGAGGAAAUAUCCACCGGGUAUGACCUACGAGGAGAUAGCCUCGUCGAGAUCAGCCGGGACUAAGAGGCAAGAGCAAAAGGUAGAAGAAGAUAACAGCCCCGACAGAGACAGUCAAGAAAGUAUAGAGCCUCUUCAAGAAAGGGAUCUCAAGGCCACUGGACCUGAUCCUUUCGAUAAAUUGAACUACAAGGGAGAUAUGCCACCUUGUAGCAGCGAUUCGAUGAGCGAUCAGGAUGGCUACGGACCCAGUACGAGCUUAGACUCGAACAUGGACGGUCGUCGAUUGUGGCAGAGAUCAGACAGAAUCCGGCAGGAUAUGGUUCUCCAGAGUGGUGAACGCAAGAAGAGCUCAUCCCUGUGUGACAGAAGCAUCGUUUUAUUCCCUGGCGCAACAUUUUGCGGUAGCCCUUUUCGAAUGUCACGAGGCAGAUGAUUUCGCGCCUGCCAAAAGUCUCAUGAACAUGUGCUUCACUUUUUACCACGAAGUUGAAGUACCAGGACUGGAACCGUAUCGUGAAUAUUUGUACACACACUUACGAGUGCAACCGAUCUGGACGUCGAUGAGAUUUUGGACAGCGGCUUUCUUCGACGCGGUUCAGUGUGAAAGAGCAUCGAGGCCAGUCCCUCCGAGGCCUAAGUCUCUGGAUCAAGAGGCAAUCGCUGCUGAGGAUCGAAAAUUCCAAGCUAAUAUCGUUUUUGGACAAUUAGGAACAAGAAAAGAUGCUUCGUGACAACAUAGAGAGGAUGUUCGACGAGACGGAGCCUUGGCGGUAGUUUUACUGAAUAUAUAUAAAUCCAAGAAACCAUGGAAACAAUUUGUUAACAAGGUAUCUACUUACCGAAUUAUAAUUCCCUAGGGAAAAUCGUUGCGAAGCUGUCAAUUAAUUAAAAAAAAAAAAAAAA